AUGGAUCAAACCCACAAAAAAAUCCAUUGGAGGCUGGGUCUCUGCAAAUGCAAAAACAUAAGUCUUGUCGAGACUCGAGAGUCUUACCGAUCUUUACAUCCCACAAAUCAACCAUAUCGUUCUGCGAUACAAUGUUCUUGGGCGGAUGACAACUUUGUUACACCGGAGGAGGAAUAUGAACCAUCCUUGCCCUCUUCAGAAUCACCAACUGACAGCUGUCAUGCUGACCAUGAAUCACCCGAUUCACCAAAAUAUCAACAACCGGCUCCGGGAGAAAGGCCGGAAUGUGAAAUCUACAAAGAUUUAUGUUCUGAUCCCCAGACGGUAGACUGGGCGGCUCCACCUUUGAAAAUCAGAGAUGGAAGACACCAGGAAUUGUUUCUUCUGUACGCGGAAAUCACAUUGUUCUCCCACUGGGCAUCUAUUAAGCUAGUGGAGUGGGCAAAGCCAUUGGAGCUAAUAUAUGUAAUUGUGCAAACCUGGGAGCCGAAGCUGACGAUGAAGGCCAAGGCAGCGAAUGCAAACUUCUACGUUACCUUUUCAAACCGUCACGGUUUUCCCUACCAUGCUGUCAUAAGGAGAACAACGACUAGAAUACCAAACCAGAUGUCGCUUGAAUUCAAGAUGUUGAUGCGUUCCAAAUAA